AUGGGAACCCUUGUCAUGCGGGGUGGAGAAGAAAGAAAGAAAGAUUAUAGAAAAGACCAAUCAGUGUCUCGGGGAGAUGAGAGGAAGAGGGGACGGGAUGUGAGGGAUCUUUAUAGAUCGCUGAUCUCUCGUGGAAGGUAUUUCUCCUGCACGCCGGUACAUUAUUCUUCCUCCGGGGCACCUGGUAUCCUGGAGUGCGGAGCGGAUGUCUGCCAUCAGUGGCAUGACCCUGAUAACGAUGGCAGUCGGGGCUCGGCGGAAGAGAUCUUCUCCCCUCGCUGGCGUCAUAGUUCCGGCCCGCCAGACCAGGAGCUGGGGUCCCCAAUCAGAGGCGGGGACUCCUAUAUUAUUCAGCUCGGACCAUCAUGCUAAGCACAAGAUAACUGAUUGUGUGGCGACCACUGGGGUCGGUUUCCUUCGACGCGGGAAAAGAUCGGAGAGACACAUAACACACGGCCGAGGUGCAGCCGGAUUGGCCAUGCAUGCGGUUACCCUGGACUUCGCGACAGGCUGUGGAGUAGACACGCUCCAUUGUAGUACAAGAUGCAGAAGCAAUGCACGGUCACCUGCUCAGGCUAACCCGAUCGGCACGACUUCUUGUCGGCCGGGGCCGGCGGUGAGCCGUGACUCAGGCGGCCAACUGGUUUCUGCCUGCAUUCUGCCGCCCUUCUCCGGCCGGAGCCUACACAGUCCAAAGGCUCAGCUCGCGUGUCAACUGACAACGUCACUUUACGCUUUGAUAUUGUUCCCCAACGUCAUGAUCCAUGUGGUUGCUGCCAGAAGCCCUCCCUCAUGGUAUAGGGGAUGAUAUCGGGUCGGUCCUUGCAAUCCAGUGUCUAGCCUCUUGGCUGCGAGGCUAAUCCAUACACGUACAACCUCUAUCGGCUUGGAACCAUGCAGGUAUUCCGUCUCCCUUGUGCCGCCUGGCCUCGCAUCCCGGCCUCCCGAUGCAACCCGACGCCACACCCUAAUGUCGACCCGAGGAACGACGUCGCGUCUAGGGGAAGAAGUAUGAUACGUCUCAACAAGGUUCACGCACAUUAUGGUCCGGAUAAUUUCUAUAGCCGCUAAUUCUCUCUCUGGUCAGAUGGACAAUAUUCCUCCAUCAACGCCUUCGAGACCAUAGGUGAGUACAUCAAUCAUCCUACGCAGUCUCAUUCGCAAAAAGUCGAGACUCGAGUGGGAGGAACAACAUUUCCGUAACCAUGUUUCCUG